AUGGGCGACAGUGGCGGAGCGUUCUGCACCUUGGGCAUCGGCUACGCUGCCCCGUCGGGCAUGUUCAAGGUGGUCCGCCUCACGACCACAUUCAGUCAUGGUCAUCAGCCGGAGCACACCUGCGAGCUUCUGGCGUUGGAAGACGGCGCCAGAGGAUGGAGGCGGAUGCAGUCACCACCAAUUGGAGACUAUUUCGGCCUCCACAAAAACUCUAUGGUCACGAUAGAUGGUAUGCUAUACUUCCUUUACAGCUUGUCGCCACCGCGAGUGGGCGGGGACUAUGUCCUCCGCCUUGACCUCGAGACCGAGCAAUGGAAGAGGUCCAUCAAAGCCCCAAAGAUGAGAUCGACGAUGCCCCGUAUGGUCGAGCUCAAUGGAACCCUUUGCAUGGUUCACUCGGAGGGACGCCGGACCAAAAAUGCUUGCACGACCAUAUGGCUCCUGUCUGAUUUGGCCAAGGGCACCUGGGUCAAGGCGUAUGUGAUCCCGAUGCCUCAUGCCGUCGAUCUAGUGAUCCCUCUGAGGAUGAUGCGUCAUGAUGGAAAGCUUAUGUGCUAUUGCUUACAUAAUGAUAGAGCAAGUCCGACGCUACAAGUUUAUGAUCCGCUCAAUGGGAUAUGCACACAGCUCCCAGAUCUUCCGGGCAACAAUUUGAGCGACGUUGGUUUUUGCAACCUGCACUUGGAAUGUUAUAUACGGUCCACCUAA